AGCGAUAAAAAAUACGUGACUUUGUACUUAGCAAUUACCAUACAUAGUAAAAAAAAGUAUAAAAUAAAAAUGAUAAAAAAUUGCCUUAAGAAUAAAAUAAUUUUUAUUCGUAAUUUAUAUAAAAAUCGUAAACGGAUCUUCAUCGUUAUUCAAUUCAUCAUGUUUAGAGCUAUUGGAUUAUCACCAUGGACAUUUAAUUAUUCGAGUGAACUAUUGAGUGAUGAUAAAGCAAUUGGUUUUGAAAAUAUUACAUAUUGCUUGUCAUUAUGGGGAUCAACUUACAAUAUUGUAUUUGGUGUCGUCUUAAUGUCAGCAAACGGUUAUUCUUUCUCUUGCUUACUUAAAAAGGGCUUAAUAAUAAACAGUAUAGUUUUAAAAGAUACUGAAAUAGUGUUACAAUGUGUGUCAUUUGCAUUGAUAAGUUUUAUUGUAAUCAGAAAUUUUUUUAUUCAGAUGAUCGCUAUUAAUUUUUUUAAUAAAUUGCAAAGCAUUGAUAGAAAAUUGAACAAAAUGUCUGUUUAUAAACUUAAAAAUGGCCAUAGUAAUCAGAUGUUUUUAUUUAAUUUUUUUUUAUCCGCCAUUUUUAUCGUAAUGCGAAUGAUUGAAAUAAAUCUUCAAAAUUACAUGACAAUAAUUUCGACAAUUUUAUCAAACGUUUUUUACAAUUUGAUUAUACUUCAGUGCAUUACAAUGUUAAAUUUAAUUGUACGACGUAUUGAUAGUCUGAAUUUGUCAAUUUCAAAGAUGGAAAACAGUGACAGUGACAGUGACACUAAUUUGAAAAUCGAAUCAAUAAAACGUAAAAUUUAUUGUCUUAAAGAAGCUAAUGUUGAUUUGUGUAAAUUAUUCGAUGACGUCAUGUCGUUUUGUUUAGUUCCUAUUUUAAUUGCUGUAACUUAUGUCAGCAGCCUGGCGAUUUUUACAUUAUAUUACAUUGUCUUUACACUAUCGAGGCAUGCAAAAAUUUUUGAUUCAGUUCAAUAUAAAUUUUAUGUAAUCUGGUUAAUUUGGAUGACCGUUCUAAUUUUUUUAGUAAUUAUUAAUUUUAACAGAAUAAACAAACAGAAGAAAAAAGCUGAAAAUAUUCUUGACUUACGUUCAAAACAAUAUGCAAUGGACCGAGAAAUUGAACAUGAGAUAAUGGAACUUUCACAAGAUCGAUUAAAUCGAGAAGUCGAAGUGAAUUGUGAUUCAAUACAACUGGAUCUGUUUUGAAUUUUUGACUUGGCAGAGUUCGCUGAUGAUUUAAAAAUAUAUAUGAGGGACAAUGUGGCUGGCGUGAGAAACAAUAAAUGAUUCAAAUAUAAAAAGAGAUUGGCGCAGGUGGAGGUCCACUGAUCGAAAGAUCGAUCGAUUUAUCGAGAUCGUCUAAAGUCCACGGGACAUCUACAUUGUUAUAACGGUUUAAUGACAUCUCUAGGAUUUCUUUAUGUUUUAUAGUGUGACCUGUAGAUUGACCGUAAGAUCUCAUAUAUAUUUAUUUAUAUAUAUAAUAUAUUUAUAGCUGACGAUGAAAUUUAGUUUUAAAUGAUCAAACUUAACUAUCAGUUUAUAUAUAUAUUUAAUUAUAGAGAUGUCUUUAUUUGAAUAUUUUGUCUACUGUCAUUAAUCGUUGCAUCAAUUUUUUUUUUUAAAACACAGGGUGAAAUGUCAUAUUUUUACAUUGAGAAAAAAAUAUAGAAAACUAUUAAAAUAUAUGAUAGAUAGAUAGAUAGAUAAAAUUUUUUUAUUUGAUCCUGGAGUUCUAAGCUCCUUCAGGACCAUCAACAAUACAUAAAGUUAAUAAUUUACAGGUAGCCUUUUGAAACAGUGUUCGCAAUACAAUUUGAAAGACCGAUACUAAUUAAUAACACUAACAUAUUAAACCACAGGAUUAAUCGUUAUUACAUUGAUUGGAAGAAGAAGUUAAAACAAGCUUGUUUAAAAUUUUCGAAGUUGUCAAUUACUGUAAUGUCAGCCGGUAAUGAAUUCCAAAUUUUUAUGCCAUGAAUCAGGAAAGAGUUUUCAUAAAUAGCAGAAUUACUUCUUGGUAAACGCAGAUAUCUGACGUCGUCUCUCCUUAAUACAGUUCCCAGAAAUUCUAAUUUUGAUCUAAAUAAUUGAUUACAAUUUAGUUUGAUUUCUUUGUAAAAUAAAUAGACUUCACCAUUUCUUUGGACAAGUUUUGGACACUUUUAUAAUUUAAGUUAAAUAAUUUGUAAAAUACACAAUGACAUAAUUAACUUUUCAACUGCGUUCAAAGGUACUUUUAUAAUAUAAUACUAUUACGCACUUUGAGUUUUUGUUAUACUUUUUCAUUCAUUAAAGUAAAGUAUUAAAUGUCCAAAAAUGGAGCCGUAACCACAAAUUGUACUUCUACCCUACGUAACACAUUUACGAAAAAAAAAUGUUUUUUCUUAAAAAAUAGUGUCCUAUUUUGACCCAUUCU